AGUCUUACGUGCUUUAGCGUCAUGGGUCACGUGUUCAUUAUGUUUGUUGCGCUUCCAGUUUGUCCAUAGGUUCGCGAAAAUGGGCACAGACUAUGCCGAACAAAACUCACCGUAGAGCGGUACGGCGUUUGUCAAACAUCCGAUUAUACGUGCUAAUUCGGCCACUUUGGCGAUGUGAGUUGAGUAAAUUAACAAAUAUCUAAAGAUGCUAGCUUGUUAGCCGACUGAAGCAGCGUUAGCACAACCGGCAAAAACAGUUUUUGACCUUAUCACAAACGACUAUAUAUAUAAUUCAAGUGAAGUAUCCAAGAAUCGAUAUCAGCGGUAUUUGUGUGCGGUCGAUUUGGCUCCGUUUCUCGACGGUGUCAUGGCCGGAGUGGUGAGGACUCGGGAGUUAAUCUGUUUGAAUGACUUUAAGAUGGCAUGCCGGAGCUGCUGUUAACUAGCAUAUUUGAUUUGGUUUGGUGUGACGUUUGCCAGUUGGUCCGCGUUAACAGCCAGGAUGCUCUCCAACAUGGCCCACAGACCGUGGCAGGUCUUCUGCAGGGUGUCCUGGAGUCACAGACCGAGGUUCCCUCAGCCGUGCCUUGGUUGGCAAACAGUGGGCAUGUGUAACUCGUGGUCCAGACCCCUGGACUUUCGAGCUGCCUCGCUGGCAGUGGCCAAGGUCCACUUCUACUCCACCUUUGGAAACAGGAAAGAUGAACCUCCAAGAUCUCCGUCGGAUCCAGCUGAAAAAGCGGCUGCAAAACCCAACAUAAAUACAUCAGGUUCUCCACUUAAGGGGCUCACAAAAGCAGAGACCAUUCAAGUGAAAGUCCGGGCUGUCCUGAAGAAGCGCGAAUAUGGCGCAAAGUACACGCAGAAUAAUUUCAUCACGGCUGUCCGAGCCAUGAAUGAGUUCUGUCUCAAACCGAGUGACCUGGAGCACCUUCGCAAGAUCCGAAGGCGCAGCCCCCACGAUGACACUGAGGCCUUCACCGUGUUCCUGCGCUCGGAUGUGGAGGCAAAAGCAUUGGAUGUGUGGGGCAGCCAAGAAGCUCUGGCCAGGGAGAGGAAUCUACGGAAGGAAGUGGAGAGAGAGUACCAAGAAAAUAUCUUUCGUAGUCAGCAGCUGUUGAAGGAAUACAAAGACUUCUGGGGAAACACAAGGCCUCGAUCAGGCAAAAGGACAACAUUUUUACAAGGUCCUGGCAAAGUGGUCAUGGUCGCCAUUUGUAUAAAUGGGCUGAACUUCUUUUUCAAGCUGCUGGCAUGGGUCUACACAGGUUCAGCGAGCAUGUUUUCCGAAGCUAUCCAUUCCUUAGCCGACACCUGCAAUCAGGCUCUGCUGGCUCUGGGCAUCAGUCAGUCGGUGCGGAACCCUGACGCUGGGCAUCCGUACGGCUUCUCCAAUAUGCGCUACAUCGCCUCCCUCAUUAGCGGCGUGGGCAUUUUCAUGAUGGGUGCCGGCCUCUCCUGGUAUCAUGGCAUCAUGGGACUGCUGCACCCGGCACCUAUUGAGUCUCUAUUAUGGGCAUACUGCAUUUUGGCAGGUUCUCUGGUGUCUGAAGGAGCCACCCUACUGGUAGCCAUCAAUGAGAUAAAGAGAAGUGCUCAAAACCAUGGACUCUCCUUUUAUGAAUAUGUAAUGCAGAGUCGAGACCCGAGCACCAACGUGGUGCUACUUGAGGAUACCGCCGCCGUGCUUGGUGUCAUUAUGGCUGCGGGCUGCAUGGGACUCACGUCGCUCACAGGUAAUCCAUACUAUGACAGUUUGGGCUCGCUGGGAGUGGGAACGCUGCUUGGCACAGUCUCGGCCUUCCUUAUCUACAGCAACACAGAGGCACUACUGGGACGCUCCAUACAGGCAGAGCACGUGCAGAAACUCACAGAGUUCUUGGAGAACGACCCUGCUGUGAGAGCCAUCCAUGAUGUGAAAGCCACCGACAUGGGACUGAGCAAAGUGCGCUUUAAGGCAGAAGUCGACUUUGAUGGCCGAGUAGUGACGCGCUCGUAUCUGGAAAAGCAAGACAUUGACCAAAUCCUCAAUGACAUUCAACAGGUGAAAACGCCGGAAGAUCUGGAAAACUUUAUGCUGAAACAUGGUGAGAACAUCAUUGACACCCUGGGCGCUGAGGUGGACCGCUUAGAGAAAGAACUCAAGCAACGUAACCCUGAGGUGCGCCAUGUAGACCUUGAGAUCCUGUAAUAACUUAACAACCUACAAGAUGAAGAAGACGAAAAAGGAUGUGCACGCCUGCCUCUGCCGUCUGCCUCCCAUUCCCAAUGAAAAGUUCUGCCUCCUCACAGGCCUCCGUGCAGGGACGCUUGAACAUUAUUGUGACAUGUUAAUGGUACCAAACAGGUUCAACACAAUCACAUUAUAUGACAGAGGUUCUCCUCCCAUUUCAACACAGGAAUGACUGUUUUCGUUGAUGUUUCCUCCCUGAUGACUUCACUACAUGGCAUUAUAGUACCAAACAAACUACAGUGUUCAGCCAACCACUACCUUUUGACACGCUUAAUGAAGAUUGAUUAAGAUUUAUUACAAAUCAUACAUGUAAAAAGUGUAGUAAAUUUUGCGUAGCGUGAACUGCAAAACUAUAUCACAGCACAGAACUACAGUAUAUAUAUAUAUAUAUAUAUAUGUGUGUGUGUGUGUGUAUGUGUAUGUUUGUGUGUGUAUAUAUAUAUAUAUAUAUAUAUAUAUAUAUAUAUGUACACACACACACAUCAGUUUUUAUACAUGGAUUCCCAUCAGGAUAAGAAAUAAUGUAUGUUUUCCCCAGUCUGAAAACGCGGACAUUCCUCUUUCCAAGAUAUGUAUGAAAAUCAGUUUGCCCCAUUUGCACUGAUGUGUUGCCAUUUUUUAUUUUGAAGGCCAGUUUAUAAUUACCGGUAAGUUUUACUUAAGGCCGCUGUCAUUUCAUGUGAGUUAGUGAGGAGGAUGCAUAAUGAUAUAUUUGACUUGUGAGAGCGUGCGUGUGGGGAGUCGGGAAGUAUAUACCGCACUGAUGCAGGAGAACAAAUUUUUUAAAAAUAAUUUAUUAAAUUAUUUUGACUUCUG